AUGAGCCCAGAAAUUGAAUUGCUACUCAAGUCAAGAUACUCAAGAUUCUCAAAGCCUUCCCAGUCUGAUGAUAUUCCUGUCAAACGAUUUCUAGCAGAGUAUACAUCAGUGAGAUUUUUGGACAGCUUAAAAGAUGGAAAUGAACCCGUGAAGCUAUUCAAAUUGAAAUCCAGAAGAACAAGCUGGGUUAGAUUUUCCAUAGAAGAUGGAAUUGGACCUGUAAAAUUACAAGCUCUAAGUUCAACACGCGACAACUUCCUAAGGUUCCCUAUGGACUCAGGAACUCAGACUCAAGACAGUUAAAUUGGUGAAUUCCGCAAAGAACUCUGGAAUUGGUGCAGAUAAAUUGUUCCCAUCAAGACGGACAAUAGAGAGAAACUUAAGAUCAGCUAACGGAGUGAUACUGCCCGAGAAUGAAUCAGCGCUAAGGUCAAGACCAAUAACUUGGCCUUCACCGUUGCAAGUGACACCCUCCCAUUGACAGCAGUCAAUCCGCUGGUUCCACUUCACUAGC